CAGAAAAAGCAAAGUUGAGAAUAACAAAAAAUGAUCUUGUUAGGGUUUGACAACUAUGCCGGUGCCGUGUGGAUGUGGAAGGGGUGAACAAGAGUCACCACCGGAGAAGAAAUUGAAACUGGAAUCUGAGGCUGAGGAUGAAACCGAAUGUGAUUUGAAGGUUGAGGAUGAAGACCAAAAUGGGAAUGAAGAGCCGCUCGAGUAUGAUCCGGAUGAUUGGUAUACUUGGCCAGAUAGGGAUGUCUUUAUCAAGUACUUUCAACAGCUAAACGAGAGCGAUGGUUUUGACUUUGAUGAAUACCCUGGGUCGUGCAUGUAUACUCCCAUCUACCCCCUCCUAAAAUUUGAAAGAUUUCCUGAGUUUGUAGAUGAGAUCAAGGGUUAUGCUUCAAUGGCAAUCAAGCAGCACUUUGGUGAUGAUGGGAAGGAACGCAAUGUUACGGAGAUUUUGAAGAUAAAUACAGGUGGUCCUCGUGACGUUACCUACUACAUUACCUUUAAAAUCGAUAAUGACGGGAAGGAAGAAACUUUUCAAGCUAAGGUGGAAAUCCCGAUUAUGGGACCAAUAGAAUUUCCAAUUUGCAGGCGCAAGGUCGACUAACUUGUUACUGAAAUACUUGCACUGACUUGCGUCUUUUGGCGCUCUUAUGUACAAAACUUUGCUCUCUAUUACUAAAAAGAGCUAUUAUUGUUUUUCUCAUCUUUCGUUGACAUCUCAUUGGCAAGGUACACGGUAUUUAUUUUGAUGUUUCUGACUUGUAACUCUAUAUGUAAUGGCUCCAUGUUUAAGACUACAAUGUGGGUGUAUUUCUUUUUUUGCUUAAAAAACAAGUUUAUUAGUGCUAUUGUACUACAAUAAUCAUUUUAUAACCACCA